AUGGGCCAGUUCCAAGUUCUGCUCACCACAUAUGAGUACAUCAUCAAGGACCGGCCUAUUCUCAGCAAGCUCAAAUGGGUGCACAUGAUCAUCGACAAGGGACACCAUAUGAAGAACAUCCAGUUGAAACUCGCGCAGACGCUCACUCAGUACUACCACUCCCGCUGCCACCUCAUUCUCACUGGCACUCCCCUUCAGAACAACCUCCCCGAACUUUGCGCCCUCCUCAACUCCAUCCUGUCAAGAUCUUCAACUCGGUUGGAGAGUGAACUUCCCGAUAAGGUGGAGAAGGUGAUCAAGGUUCACGUGAGCACACUGCAGAGUCAGCUGUAUAGACAGAUGAAGAAGCACAAAGUAUGCGAAGGGGGUCUGAGCAAUGAGCUAAUGCAACUGCACAAGAUUUGUCAAUAUCCCUUCUUGUUCGAGAGCGUUGAGGACAAGGUCAAUCCAACAGGGCUCAUCGACGAUAAAUUGAUCGGGUCAGCUGGUAAACUCAAGCUCUUGUCGCAUAUUCUUUCCAAGUUCUUCGCGAUAGGUCACAGGGUGCGUUGCUCCCUACGAUGGUCCGAGCUGUGCUAA